AUGCCUUCUUUCCACAAGCUCUUGGUCCUUGCGACCGCCAGCGUUGGCGUCUUCGCCGCCACCAGCAGUGACUGCACCACGGAUAUCACCAUCGACAGUGUUAACCCCACGUUCGAUUGUGACACCAUUGAUGCCAAGGUCACCGUCUCCCCCUCCCUGCAGGGCAACCUCAUCAUCGACGGCCCCAAGGUUUUCAAGAAAGACUUUGUCGUCAGCAACACCUCGAGCCUGCUUUCCAUCUCGUCUUCCUCUCUCCAGUCCAUUGAAGGCGAGUUCCUUGUUGAGGACGCUGGUCUGCUCGCCAGCAUCGAUCUCACCAAGCUCACCAAGCUGAACAAGCUCACCUUCCGUCGUCUGGGCCAGCUCUCGACUCUCCAAUUCUCCUCGUCUGGUGUCUCCCAGGCCAGCUCCGUCGACAUUGCCGAUACCUUCCUCAGCGACAUUAGUGGUCUCAAUCUCGCCACUGUCGACAGCCUGACCAUCAACAACAACAAGAGACUGGCCAUGUUCAACUCAAACCUCGUCAACAUCACCAAGGUGCUCAUUCUCACCAACAACGGCAACGACAUGCAGGUCAACCUCACCAAUCUCCAGUCCGCCUACGAGAUUCAGGUUUCUAAUGUCAAGAGCCUCGGCACUCCUUCCCUCAAGGAGAUUCAGAACGGCAUCAAGUUCGACACCAACCCCAACCUCGAGUCUUACUCGGCUGCCAACCUUACCAGCGUUGGCACCUCCAAGAGCGGUGGCUCCGUUUCCUUCAUCAACAACGCCAAGCUGACCAACAUCACUUUCCCCUUGCUCAAGACAAUCUCGGGUGACUUGACCAUUGUCAACAACACGAAGCUGGACGAGAUUACUGGUUUCCCUGAGCUCAAGAGUGUCGAGAACAUGCUCCUCGGCGGAAACUUUGAGAACGCUGAGCUCCCCGCGCUUGACGACGUCAAGGGCACCAUCAACGUCAAAUCCACCUCUAACCUGACCGACGUUUGCAAGUUCUUUAAUGGCCUUAAGGGCAAGGUCGUUCAGGGCAAGGUCAACUGCCAAGGUGGCCUCGAUAACAAGACGGCUAACGACCAAAACGCUCUUAACAAGACCGGCAGCACUGGCAACAGCGGCGCUGGCGGCUCGCCCAGCUUCAGCACCGUUGCCAUCUUCCUUGGUCUCAUUGCUGGCGCUGCUCAGCUUCUGUAA